UAAAGUGAAUGAAAACAAUGUUCCAACAGAACAUCUUCUUCUUCCCCGAUCUCCGAGAAAUCUGAAUGUCACUCCAGAAGCUCCUUCAAAACCUCAACACUGUCAAAAGAUGUCGUAAUCUCCCAAACUUCUCCAUACAUCGCAGAGCCAAGAUAGGAGACGCCAUCAUCAACACAGUCUUAAGCGCCCACCAUACCACCACCCUUCUCUCCAAGCUCACCCCUAAUCUUGUCCACCUUAUUAUCUCCGACCCGCAUCUGGAGACUCCCAAGUGCAUUGAAUUCGUGGGUUUCCUCAUAAAAAACCAAUCUUUGGUGUCGUUUGAUCUCAAUUUCGAUGCCCAUUUAACUCUUGUCUGCAGGCUAGCGAAAGCCAAAGAGUUUGCGGAUGCUGAGGCACUUUUGGGUGCCCUUUCAAGUCUUGAGAACUUCAGGUAUACCGUUUUAGCUUCUUUCAUUGAGAGCCAUGAUGUUUCGUUGAGAAUAGCCUCCAAAGUGUUUAAUUGGUUGCUUAAAGCUUACUCUGAUAAUCGAGAAUUUGGGAAGGCUUUGGAGAUAUUUGAUUAUAUGAGAAAUAAUGGUAUUGAGAUCAAUGAGAGGACCUGUACUGUUCAUUUGAUUGAGCUUAUGAAAUGUGAUCAAUGUAGUUUGGGACUAAAAUUCUUUUACUGGAUGGUCGAGUCGGGUAUUGAGGUCUCUGUGUAUUCUUUGACAGUGGUGGUGGAUGGAUUGUGUAAAUGUGGGGAAGUAAAGAGGGCUAGAGAGGUGGUGGAGGAGAUGGGUAGUAAAGGGAUAAAACCAAAUAUUAUUACCUUUAAUACACUAGUGGAUGCGUGCACUAAGAGAUGGGAUUUCGAAGAACUGUAUAACGUAUUGGUGUUGAUGCAGUGCGAAGGCGUGGAGUUUAUCGACGACACAUAUAGAUUCUUGAUUGAUGGGUUUUCGAGUAGUGGGAGAAUGGAAGAUGGCGAGAGAAUGAUUUGGGAGAUGCAUGAUAAGGGCUUUAAGGUGGAUACUUAUUUAUAUAAUUUAGUUAUAAACGGGUAUUGUAGAUUGGGUAACGUGGAAAAGGCAUUUUCUUUAGUUUCCGUGAUGAACGAGAGAAACAUUUGUUUAAACACGGAUACGUAUUGGUGUUUGUUUAGUGGACUUUGUAAGGUCGGCCAGUUUGAUGUGGUCAAUGAACUUGUAGACAUAAUGCAGGGUAAGGGAUUUGAGUUGGACCAAGUUAUGUUAGACACCUUAAUUGACCGUUAUUUGGAGGAGGGAGUGAUCGAGGAAGCAGCUAGUUUGCUAGAUUUUAUGGAGAAGAAAGGAUUUGUUCCCGAUUUGUGUGUGUAUGAGAAGGUAAUUGGUGGGUUGUGUAAGUUGAACCGAAGUGAAGAGGCAAGAUCGAAACUAACUACUCUAAUCAAAAGGGGUGUCUCCAAAGAGGAGUUAAGUUCUAUUCCACUGGCUAACUUAACAAGAAACUUAGCACUUGAAGAGGUGGUUUCCAUUAAUGAAAGAAAAGAUUUCGGCUGUUCUUCUGAUCGAAGUGGUAUAGUAGGCGAUGGACUCCCCGAGGAAGCUCAUGUAUAUAAAGAUGAGAUACAAAUUGAGGGAGUUGAUGAUGAAAAUGUAGGUAUAGACAUUGUAAAUGAAGUUGGCUAGGGGACAGAUAAGAGAAUGCAUAAAACUGGGAUGUGCUUUGCAGAAUGGUCAUGGAACGAAGAAUUUAAAAGAAACUGACCAGUUUCUGAACAAAAUGGAAAUCAACACUCUUGGGCAUAGUCAAUACUAAAUCUUUCAGCUGCCGUAUUGAGCUGGAGCUUGAUGCUUACAGAAACGUCAGAAAGGUUGGUUGUUUAGAAGCGCUGAGGAAGCCUGAUAUUCAACAAAACAAAAAAAUUAUUCAUAUGAUAGUGGAGUUGAAGAUGGGUAAUAGGAAUCAAACAUUCAAACAUGUUUGCCAGGGAGGCAACAGAUGUGUUGGUUGCUUGGCUAAUCCACACAGGAAGGAAUGACUAAAAUAGAUAUGGCAAGGAAAAAACUGAGGGAAGACAACCUAAAGAAUGUUUCAUAGGAGGAAGCCAGGAGAGGUGCAGAUGUUGAAAGAGGCUUUGGACUGGUGGAGAAAUUACAUUUGAUGUACCAUUACAUCUUCAGUUGUGAGUGAGUGCUGGUGUUAUCUUCCAAGGGCAUGCCAUUGCAUAUUAUGGUCCAUUUUAGAUAAAGCAAUUUCUGAUUAAUUUAGGCAUAAA